UCCCUUUUCCCCUUUUUCCCUUUUUCCCUUUUCUCUUUGUUUGGUUCUUUUGAGCACAAAAAACAAACUCCGUCGGGCUAUUCUUGGCUCGGUGCUUCGUUGUUGGUCGUUGUGACGGCUGCACAGUCAGCAUCGUCAAUCACCAAUCGCUCAAGCUCAAAGCCAGACGUGGCCGACACGAAGAAGGAGCGAAAACGAUGCCAAAGCAGAGGCAGAAACGAGAUCAAGAACACUCAAUGGAUCUACCAGCAAUCAGCAAAACCACCCGCCUGCGAAUAGCACGAUUUGUCACACUAUUUGAUUGUCAGAUGGGACAGAGGUUUCUAUAUCACGAUUUAUCGCUCUGUUUGACGGUCAGAUGAGAUAGAGAGAAAGAGGGGAUUGACACUCACUGGAGCAGAAUGAAUGCCACUAUUUCCAAACCAAACAGACACAGUCAUGCCCUCUCCAGCCUCCCGUCAAGCACGACUCGUGUUUGUCUUGCUCGUGAUUGGAUUCGUUGCAGCCGUCAAUGCCGCAUCAUGCCCGUGGGGCUGCAGCUGCGUUCAGACGAGUGGUGUCGUCACCUUCCUCUCGUGCAACAGCUCGGUCUCAGAAAUACCGAUCGACCUUCCGAUUUCCACCGUCACUCUCGAUAUUCACGCCACUUCCAUUACAACUCUGGGCGACAACGCCUUCCAGGCAGCUGUCUCCCUGAAGGCAAUCAUCCUUCCCGAAGCAAUCACCAGCAUCGCGCCGGCCGCGUUUGCUGGGUUGAGCGCAUUGACCUCCGUAACUUUCGAGCAGAGCGCCAUGUUCGACCAAAGCCUGUUUACUGGAUUGGAGGUGGAACACAUUGGGAUUGGCAAUGCAUCAACACUGCAAGGCAACUCGUUUACUUCAAUGUCCUUUUUGAAGCGCCUCGGAUUGUACGAGGUCUCUACUUUGCCAUCGGGCGCUCUUGCUGGGCUCGCUUCCCUCGCAACUCUGGAGCUGUAUGGACCUUUCACAUCCAUUCCAUCCAGUGUGCUAAACGAUGCUCCCAAUGUGGAUCUAUUGACGCUUCACGGUCAGUUUCAAACCAUGAGCGACAUUGGCCUGGCCUCUCUUCCCAAUCUGAAAAAGCUUUCGAUCUCCCAGUCCAAGCUUACAGGCUUUACAGACUUGAGUGCGAAUGCCUUGACGUACUUGUCUGUCUCUGGCUCAUCAACGAUCAAGACGCUUGCCGAUAACUCAUUUGCUGGUGUGCCGAAUCUCAAGUUCCUGAGCGUGGAUGGUUUGGGGCUCGAGAACCUUUCUUCGCAAGCCUUUUCCGGCCUCUCCCAAUUGACCUAUCUGAGCUUGUCCCAGACCCGCGUAAAAUCCCUUCCUCAAGGCCUGUUUGCUGGCACACCUGCACUGAAAGCAUUGAGUCUUUCCCCCAUCAAAAUCACCCAGUUGUCGAGCAACACAUUUAGCACUUUGACCGCGCUUACUUCCUUGACUCUGACCGGGAUGCCUGCGACCACCCUUCCUCCUGGAUUGUUCCUUGGUCUGACGGCGCUCACGCAGCUCAGCACGAGCCCGCACAACUUUAGCUUUGGAAACAACCUUCAAGCGCCGCCUAGCACUUUCGGAUUGCUCUCCUCUCUCCAGGCUUGCCACUCCGCGUGCGCUACGUGCUACGGAGCUGGCGCGGGAAGCUGCUGCCCUACCAACUGUCUACGCUGCGCCGGUGAUGGAACGUGCUCUCAGUGCUACGAGGGCUUUGCGCUCGAAGAGCAGCUUUGCGUUGCCAUACCACCCGCGGUGCUGGCUUCUUCCGCUUCGUCCGCUCUGGAAGCUGUCUCCAUUGCAGCGCAGUCUGCUGAAUCAGUUGUGUCUGCUGCUUCCGCCGCAUCGGUUCUUGAGCUUGCUGCUGCUGCUGCGUCCUCUAUCUCCGCUGCAUCAGCUCUGGAUGCUUCGGUUUCUGCGGUAGCUGUGGCUGCCUCGCGAGAAUCGGUUCUGUCCGUCCAGUCCGUCCAGUCUGCGGCUUCAGCUCGAGCCAGCCAGUCUGUCGCUGCAGCAACCAACAACAACGACGACGAUGGCCCCGCCGUGAUGCCGAUCGUUGUUAGUGUUCUUGCUGGCGUGCUCUUUCUCGUUCUGGUCGCGCUUGGGGUGGUGCUGCUUCGCCGACGCAACCCUGCAUCCCGUUCAAAGGACAGUUUCGACUCGCACACUGUCGACAUUCAUCCCAAUCCUGCGUUUGGCGGCACUGCCUCCAACAAAGGCGUUAUGGAUUCAAGGCUCUACGAAGAGGUGGGCGGCCAUCCCAGUCUCGCCCCUCCUGCCGUGCCGCACCUCUAUAACCACCCGCAAGACUCACCCGCCAGCAUGACUACUGAGACCCACGCCGCCCAGUCCCCUCAGUAUGAAGAGGUUGCCGUGCUUCUCGGUAGCCGCCCCGAUUCUGGCAAAACAUACGCAGAGCUGACUCUUGCGACCGGCUCGAUGGCCGCCCCUGUUGCUGACGAGUCCGUCAGCUACGCGACCGUAGUGCCGCACUUCGCAAGCGAGUAGUCUGGUCUGCCGAGCUGUUUUGUAGUUUGUUUUGUAGUUUGUUUUGUUGUUGUUGUUGUUGUCGAGAAUUGCGCCAAUAUGACUUGCACAACCAAUGCACCCAUCGAUGUCACCAGAGCUCACUCAUGGGUAUCGAACAAUUAAACAAUACGGCCUUGUCGUACAUUGAGAAACGC